GAUUUUGGGGUUUAAGGGGGGUUUCGUGCUGAAGAGACUCACAGAAGCCAUGUUCGGGCGAAGAUUUAUCUCCUUCUUGCGUCGCAACCCAUCACCUUCGGAGAAAGUGGUGGCAGAGGAAGGGAAGGCUAAGACGUGGGGAAGAAGGAUAGUGUCGGGUACACUGAUUUGCUUAACAGGAGGAGUUGCUCUAAGUGCUCUUGAUGAUCUCUCUAUAUAUCAUAGCUGUAGCAGCAAGGCCUUGGAGAAAGCCAGUAAGAAUAAGACGAUUCUAGAUGCUAUUGGGGAGCCCAUUGUUAGAGGUCCUUGGUAUAAUGCAUCAUUAGCAGUAGCUCACCAAAGGCAUUCUGUAUCAUGCACAUUCCCCGUCUCUGGACCACAAGGCACUGGAAUUUUUCAGUUAAAGGCAGUUCGUAAUGGAGAGGACAAAUGGUCAUCAUUUUUACGACCGAGCGACUGGGAGAUCCUCAUUAUGGAAGCUCUCGUACAUGUUCCAGGGAACGAAGAGAAACAGCAAACGUUUCGGAUCAGGGUUUCAGAUGACCUACCUCCACCAGCUAGUAAUGCAUGCACGGAUGGCACAUCUCAGGAAUCGUGUAGUGUGGAGAAGAAAUAAUCUACAUCUAUUCUGCCAUGCCGCUGUCCCCAACCUUACAUCUCCGGUUGGGGCGUUUUUUUUUUUCCAUUCACGUUCACAUGAUAAGUAAGUUUGUAUUUAGGACUCUUUGAAAUUUCUAGUUCCAAAGCACCAAAUCUAUGCUUGCAGGAAAGAAGGAUUUUAUUGAGGCAAUUACCAGAUCAACAAGUGUUGGUCAGUUGGUGUACAAUUCUUUGUGGGCAUGUGUUAUUGAUUCUUUUAUAUUUAGAAGCAUGCCAACAGUGUCAUUGCCUGUAUUUGGUUUAUGGUUUGAGAAUGAAUAAGUUCCUUAUUGAACUGUAGAUUUUGGCAAGGAAAGUACAAUCUUUCUGUGUCUUUCCCCAAUACAAUAUAGACAUGUUGUUCA